AACCUUCAAAGUGUCCUGCGACUAAGAAGCACUCCUCCUCUUGUUACCCCUCGUCGUCGUCCCUCACCUCCUAUCAUCUCCUGCGACUGUCUGUCUGGGGAGUUUGGCGUCAACUUUCUGAUUGCUUAUCUUCCCGCCAUAAACUACGCUGCCGGCCUUUGCUGCCAUCUCACCAUGUCGGCCUCGAUUGCCAUUCCCAUGACGCCCACGUCGGGUGCCGCCUAUAGGGGCAGCCAGACUUCCAAGGCCGCAGCCAGCUCGUCGUCCUCGUACUCCAGCUCGCCUCAGACGACCCCCUCACCGACGGUCCAGAAGCAGAACAUGUUCCACGGCCGUCGCCCCAGCCUUCUGAGCACCGCCAUCUCCAAGCAAGAGUGCACUGUUAUCAACAUCGGCGACCCUGAUGGCCCUCCCCGUCUGCUCUCUUACUUGUCUUCAAGUCAAGGAUAUCUUUGGAAUCCAGAGAUCUUCCUCCCACCCUAUGUCGACUGCGAUUACGAGCCGAUUGAGAACCGACGAGACCCUGUCCACGAUAUUGUACUCACAGAUGAGGAGUCCAAGAGCAUGCUCCCGCAAUGAUCCUUGGCCAACAACUAUGAUUCAUGCACGCGGCGUAUCUACUUCCGGCCAUCAACGAUGUCCUUGCUUUGGGUGUUCGGGCUGAGGAUUCAAACAUGGAGUUACUAAUAAGGAUGGAAGGGCACUAGGGGCGUUGGUCUUCGGUUUUGUUGUUUUAUUCUAUGCAAUGCACCGGGUCCUCUGGAAAGGGCGUUUUUGGUGUUUUCUACUUCUAUUAAAUACGAUCGGAUCGGGUUGCAGUACCGUAGUCGAACACACUACUCAUCGUCACC